AUGUCGCAAACGAUGGAGCAGACGGACGUGAGCAGCAGUCAAGGGAGCGAAGAGCAAGAGAAGAAGCAGAAGAGCAGGAGACCGGCGAAUACGGCCUUUAGACAACAGCGAUUAAAGGCCUGGCAACCCAUCCUCACACCCAAGACAGUUCUGCCGCUGUUCUUCGCCAUCGGCGUCAUAUUCGCACCCAUCGGCGGAGCAUUACUCUACGCCAGCUCAAAGGUCCAGGAGAUCAUCAUCGACUAUUCCGACUGCAACAGCACGGCGCCGGCAUGCCCUGACUUCGGCCCCAUACCGAGCAGCAAGGUCACCACACACUUUAAGAACAGUACCGACCCGGCGGAUGCGCCGACCUGGUGUAAGAAUGUCACACAAGUCGGGUACGGCCAGGACGAGAGUAAGCUGGUCCGCACGCCGCAGUGCUUCAUACAGUUUUACGUUCCGGAGCAGCUGAGCCCGCCUGUGCUACUCUACUACCAACUGACCAACUUCUACCAAAACCACCGAAGAUAUGUGCAGUCCUUCGACCAGUCGCAGCUCGAAGGCAACGCUCGGUCGAACCAGUCUAUAAGCAGCAGCGACUGCGAUCCCCUGCAACUUGAUCCCAGCGGAAAGGCGUAUUACCCGUGCGGCCUGAUCGCGAACUCCAUGUUCAACGACACAUUCCAGAACAUCCGACUCCUUAACGCCCGCUCUAGCAGCGCCGAGGAGAAGCCGUAUAACAUGACCGAUCAUAACAUCGCCUGGGACUCUGACAAGGAUCUCUACGGCAUGACGAAGUACGAGUACUCGGAAGUUGUGCCUCCGCCAAAUUGGCGGGAGCAGUAUCCGGAGUACAAUGAGACUUUCCCCUUCCCCGAUCUGAAGACUUGGGACGCGUUCCAGGUGUGGAUGCGCACGGCUGGUCUGCCGACGUUUAGUAAAUUGGCGUUGCGGAAUGAUGAUGAGCCGAUGGAGCCUGGGAGGUAUCAGAUCGAGGUGUAUGACUACUUCCCUGUCAACAUCUAUGAUGGAACAAAGUCGAUCCUGAUCUCAACACGAACCGUUAUGGGCGGCAGAAAUCCUUUCCUCGGCAUUGCUUACAUUGUGGUUGGCGGACUCUGCAUCCUGCUGGGUGCGCUGUUUACUGUGACGCAGCUGUUCAAGCCAAGGAAACUUGGAGACCACAGCUACUUGAGCUGGAACACGGAUCAACCAUCAUCAGCAACUACAACCGGGCGAUCCACAAGGCCUGGCGAGUCGUCUGCUUAA